GUCUGCUAUUACUUGACGUCCUAGUUAUAGACACCGAUGCUUGGUUUCUGGUUUCUGGUGAGACUACUAAUCACAUUUAGAUAUUGUUUACAUUAAACUAAAUCUACAUUCCUUCUUUAACAAGAAACAAGGACAACAAAAUCCCCAGACAGAUAAAUCUAGAAAUCCACAAAAUCAUUCUUGAAUGGACAGGAAUAGAAGAAAAAGUUAUAACAUUACAGAUUGUCCUUCUUGCGACAGACUUCAAACUGAUCUUGAUGUUCAAAUAGAAGGAAGAAAAAUGAAUCUCACCCAGCAACUAACGUUAACUAUCUACAACUUUUAUACCAAAAAUACAACGAUUGAAAGCCUACGUAAGGACAGUCACGUGAUCAAUAUUUCAGAAGAGAAGUUCAAGGAGUUCCUUGACACUAUCAGUGUUUACGAUUCCGACUUCCGUUCCUUUUGGAGUAUUGACAGCCUUUUAGAAAUCUGGGAGACUGUGAGAGUGCUGCAGAUUCCAGAACUUAUUGUAAUCUGUGAGAACAACAUUGGUCGUGUGAUCUGCAGAGAAUAUUUUGAGACCAUCUAUGUGACGGCCAAACUCUACCAGUCACAUGGCGUAGUCUGCCAAGCUAAAGUUUUUCUGAAACGUCUGCUUAUGACAGCAGAUGAAAUGCAUCUCUAUUCCAUUUUAUCAUUCAAAGACUUUCUUAGCAUUAUAAAAGAUAAUCGCCUAUUAGUGAGAAGUGAAGACAUUGUUUUGAGGUCCAUUUUCCUAUGGGCUGAAAAACUGGACAAACAAGAAGGAGGUUCUGGAGCAAACGAGGAUGACCAGCAGUGUCCGAAAAGAAGAAAACUGGACAGUAACGUGCCAUGCAAGGAAGAGAACGUUUUAAAUGAAAACACUUCUGAGCUCUCUCAGCUGUUAAGAGCCUCAAGGUAUGGGUUAGCGAGCAUUGAAUGUCUUCAAGAGCUCUCCAAACAUCAUUUGUGUGAUAAAGACAAAGAAGCAAAGCUCAUCCUAACUAAAGCCAUCAACUACAAUCUAGACAGAGAUACUCAUGGAUACUGGCCUCCAUUCGCAUAUCCUAGAAACCCCGGUCUUUUCUGCCUCGUGGGUGUAUUAGCUGACAAAGAUCAGGUCAGUGUUUUAAGCCUGGAACCCCUUAAAACAGACUUAGACAGCUGGAUGAGGUUUCCCAGAUGUCCCUUACAUACGCAAAUAACAAAUUUAACUGUGUUUGACAACGAGCUCUAUGUUAUAAGCAGCACGGGCUUUGAAAGUUUGAUCUUUGUUUAUAAAAACACGAGAUGGAAUUUUGUUUUCGAUCUUCCAAAUAAAGACUUCAUUGUCAUCUCCAAAGGAAACUUGAUCUACGCCAUAGACGGCACAAGCAGCAGCGUCAAAUGUGUGUCGCCGAGAGAGACUCCAGUUCUUUGCAGCGAGAUCAAGUUCCCCGACAUGAUGAGAACUCCAGAGAGUGCUUUAGAAUUUGACAAAAGUAUCUUGAUUUUCUGUUCCACUGACUCUGAUGUAAAGUCGACAGUGAUUUCUUUAGACGUACCUGAACAUAAAUGGACUGACUGUGGACAUCUUGAAGGGUCAGCAAAAUAUUUGGUUGGUUUUAGAAAUGAAACAAGCUACUUUAUCCUACAAAGAGAUGGAUCAAUCAGCCAAGUGUUGAGGAAACAAGAUGACAGCAUUGAAUUUAUAUUCAUUCAACGUCUGUGGUCGAUCCAAAGUGCUCUUUGUGGUGCCUUCAUCUACAGAGACAUUCUGUACGUCUUUUCAAAUACGCCCUUGGAGAAUGUUUGUCUUCAUGGAGUCUCCGGCUUGUCAUGUAGGACAGAGUAUUGGUACCAGGAACAAGGGGCGUGUAAGUUUGUCCAGUUUUUCAUGCCUACAGACGAUGAUUUAAGAUUCGAAGAGGACUCUGAUCAUGAUAUGGAAGAUGAGGAUGAAAACUGAAAGUAAGAUUUUUUUUAGAAUUUCUAAGCAAAUUAUUUAUAGUUUCGAACCAAAAAAAAAAUAUUUUAAGGAAAUGAAGUCAUCGGGGAAGUUCACAAAAUAAUCAUCAAACCGCAAUGUGUUUAGCCACGAGUGCUGGGUAAUGGGUUCAAGACAAGAGUGAAGAUUAAAUGACCAGCAAACUAUUUCAAGACAUUUUAUUCAACCGCUAGUGAUUUUUGCCAGGUCAACAUGGGAAGAAAUUUAAAUACAAAAUUGUAAGAAAUU